CGUUCCUUGGUCAAGAGAGGAAAAGCGGAAGCAUGUGAAGUUUCUUAUUGAGGACCGACGGGGAAUAUAUCUUUGAAAGAAACACAAUGCGCGGGGGACAGGCUGGAGUUCUGACCUUGCUCAAUCCGGAUUGCACCAACUACGCAUCAACACCAGUUAUGAAUUUGGGCGUGGAAACAUGGCCUCCAAAUGCAGCUCGCUGUAGCCCUCCUACGGUUCCUCCUCGCUUCGUAGCUUGCUGACAGAAGCUGCUGUUUAUUCGGUUAACGCUGCCUAGCCUGGACGAUAUGAUUCAUGAUUGGGUAGACCAGCAUCAACAUAGCCUCUUUUCACCAAAUCCUUCUUCACCAUUGACGGCACAAUAUGGGUUGCCUCCACACCAUCAGCGACUUGCUUUUAUUCCCAACAAGAUCGCCAAGUUUUGGUGAUGGCUGCCUCACUGUUUUCUGUUGGAAUUCACUACGUACCUUUGGACAUUCGUGCCUGGGCCAGGAGAUAUCCAGAUGACCGACUUUGGAAACAACACGCCAGAAGGGUUCGAACUCCCUGAGCAGACUUUCAGCUUCGAUACCCUUGAGAAUCACUUCCUCACACCAUCUAAUAUCGGCCUCGCUUCGCACAACAAUGCGUAUACACAGACCCGUUACUCCAGCUCCGACUCCGUCUCCGGUUCGGGCUGCGAGUCGACGUCGGACACCACCGUCUCCGCAACCGUCACUGCGCGGCGUAACAAGCCCAUCCCGCGAAAAGGUCACACCAAAUCCCGACGUGGUUGCUUCACCUGCAAACGCCGAAGAGUCAAGUGUUCCGAGAAACUGCCCGAGUGCGACAACUGCACCCGCAUAGGCCUAAUUUGCGAAUAUCCCGAACCGCCCAACCCGUCUGCUCUGUCACGUUUGGUCACUAGAUCAGGAACAGGACAGCAAGCUCGACUAGCCAAUUCUUCACCAGCAAUGGUCCUGCAACAAAAUCCCAGUUCUUUCUCCCCUAUAUUCACCAUGGAUGACUUCCGCUUCUUCCACCACUUCCUAAUUGCCGCUUACCCGCCUCUCCCCGUACAAGCACACAGUGUCUGGGAUAAUGUGGCAGCUUUAUCCCAUGGUUACGACUACCUAGUCCACGCCAUGCUCGGCCUAGCCGCCUCACACCUCUCCCUCGUCACCUCUUCUCCCUCUUCCUUCUGCUCAUCCCGCUCCUCCGGCUCCCAAGCAGCCCUCUCUCAUCGAAUAAAGUCCAUCUCCCUCCUCAACCACUCCCUCAGCACGCCCUGUUCUUCGCCAGCCGAAGGCGACGCCCGCUUCGCUUCCAUUUUGAUCCUUGCCUUCCAGGCAAGGUGCUUACCGGACGGCAUGAUCGAGUUCCUGUCCAUGAUCAGGCUGUGUAGCGUCAUUGCUGGUGCGGGCGAGAACUCGAUUUUCAAGGAUUUGGCGGAGAGAGGGUACUUGGAUAGCAUGAGGAAGAUGACGGCCAAAACGAAGGCGGAGGAGCUGGCUAGAAAAGGGUUCAUGUUGGAGCCGGAGCAGGAGAGGUUGGUUGAUGGGUUUUUGGCGAGUUUGGGGAGACUCAGGGUCAGCAUACUGGGAACGGGAGGUGGGGAUGAGGAUGGGGAGGAGGAAGGGGUUAUGGGCUCAGGUCUGGGCUUUGGCUUGGGCUUGAGCUUGGUCGAAGAAAAACAAGAAAAGGGGAGGGAAUUGCAGAUGAGGAUAUUGGAAGGGUUGGAAGACGCUGCAAAGACGACUAAAGUGUCACCGGCUGAAGCGUUCCGAGAAUUAACAAGCCUUUACUCGCCCAUGAUUAGAGCUUCAAACGCCGACUUUGCCUCCAUAACUGACCCGGCAAAUUACCGAGCCCAGAUUCUUAUUCUGCACUUCUUUCUUAUGGAACAUGCUCUGGGCGAUCUGAGUCUGGGCGCCUUCCGGUCGCGCUUCGGAUUUCGCCGAAAGGUCUGCUUUGCCUGGCUAAACGAAGUCACUACGCGGUUACCCAAAACAACCGGAUACGCCGAGCUGAUAGAGUGGCCGUUGGAGUUUGGGCAAAAGUUUUUAGUUCCAAGGGAGUCGACCUGAUGGGAGUGUCCGGCGGUCAGGAAGCCCUGCAAAGAAUGCAAGUUGACAUCAAUUCGUUCGUCAUUCUUCAGUAUCAUCUAGAGGUACAUGUCCAACUUCUUUACGAAAACCAUGUAGUCUCUCCUCACGCCCAAGUCGCAGAUCUCUCCGUUCAGUUACGUUCAGGUAAUAUUCGUUCCAAUAUUUAACUGAUUUUAAUCACCUGUUCAUAUCAUGGAAUUGCCCUACCAAGCUAAGGGCCAUGGCCAACCGAGCAAGGGUAGCAACCCGAGGUUGUCUCUUUCUGUUGGUACUGAGGUGAGGAAACACGUUGGAAGUGAAGAAGGAUGAAACUGGACGGCAACAACAGAUACACAGUAGAAUUAAGAUUCACUUAAUAAGGAGAACUGCACGAUACAUGGGAAUGACUAGAGGUAUUUCAUGGAGUGCUCGUCGGAAGGUAAGAUCCAGGAGAGACAAUGCGCGCCGAGUUGAGUGAACAGACAAUGGUUUGGUAGUGAGUGGGCGACGACUGCCACAGCUCGAUAAGAGAAAGAACAAACUCAGAAAAUGACCGAGACAAAGGGCAAAAAGGCAGAAAAAAACAUACAACACCAGGGAUUCGCUGGUCGUCACCGACCCAACUACUAGUCUGGCCCUCACUGGCUUAUCUAUGGGAGAGCGGACGGGAUCCCGAGUUUUCCAGUGGGUAUGGUCGUAUGUGAUGGAACUCCCAUAGCUCCGUGCUUUAUAUUCAUACCUUUGACUUUGUAGAUGCCGAUUAUGCUUUCUUGUUCACCCAUCAACCGUGCGAUUACCAACACGUCGCAGCGAAAAGUGUGGCGAGUCUCCCACCUCAAAGCAUAACUACCAACAGGGGCAUCAUUGUUUCUCAUCGUAGGAAAACGUUUCUGACUUGUCCGCGGGGCGAUCUUACUUCUUCUUCUCCACAUCCACUUCCCUCUCCCUUUUUCGUCCGCCGCCACCACUCCCGGCUGCAGCAGCAUCUCCU